CGAACAAAAUGGGAGUGGCCACACACCUGUCAGACCUGUUCCUGAUACAUGACUCCAGCAGAAUUCUCAUAUGCAUUAGUCUUUUGUUCAACCUGUGCUCGUGGAGCUGAAUAAGGAUGGCGGAAACACCGAACCCUGCCACUACCUCCUUCCCAGCACCGACUAUUUCUCUACCCGUCGGAGUGGAAAUACUGAGGACGUAUUCCGGGGCCCUGAUUUGUUUGGAAAUUGUGUUUGGAGGAUUGGUGUGGAUAUUAGUAGCAUCAACAAAUGUGUCCGUGCCAUUGUUGCAGGGAUGGGUGAUGUUUGUGUCUGUAACCAUGUUCAUCUGUUCAUCUGCAUACCUCGCCCUGUUUCUGCUGGGCCUAGCUGACAAGAUUAACAUUGACUGGAAUUUCAUGGUAAGUGUGUAUUUCUUUACAAAUGCACAGUGCUCAGACUAACUCUAACACAGACAU